AUGGCUAUCGACAUGGGGAUCAAAAACUUUUCAUUUGCAAAACUCCAACUUGAUAAAACAUUACCAUUCAACACACCACCUUUAAUCAAAGAGUGGACCAAGCUUGAUGUGAACCAGUGGGCUGAUGUCUCUAGUGAUGCUUCAUAUGAACCUUCUAAGUAUGCAGAGCUAAGUUAUAGAGUGGUGGAUGAGCUUAUUUUCAAUAAAGAUCAAGAUGUUCCAGACGUGGUUUUAAUUGAAAGACAACGUAUUAGAUCAGCCGGUGGGAAAAAUGUUCUUGAAUGGGUUUACAGAGUCAAUAUGUUUGAAACAGGGAAUGAUGCUUAUGAAAAUGGAGAUUUCAAGUCACAUUUUGAAGAAGAUAGGUUAGAGCAUAAAAAGUCCAAGCGAGAUGGCGAAAAGAUUAGAAGUCAUAGGUUCACAAAAGUUUUUAGAAGGAAAGAGAAGGCACAAAGCCCUGAUUACACCAGCUCCCCUGAAGAUGACUGUCGAAUAGAGAAGGAACUGUCAAACAGCCUGGAUACAUAUACCUCAACAAAGGUGACCGAGAAAGAGGUAAAUUCAUUUCAAGAAGAGAGUGAUGAUACAAGUAUUCAAGAUAGUAAUGUCAAAAUACAGACAUCAAAGCGUCAUAGGUCACUUAGGAUUAGCUGGAGGUCAAAAAGAGAUGUUCCAAGUAGUAGCAUCAAGAGCUCCAAGUCUAAUAAGAGAUCAGGUUUUAGAAGUUUCUUUUUCAGGUCAAAAGGUCCAAUUAGUGUUCCAAGUGAAAACAAGACGGAAUCAUCAGUUGUAACGUCAUCAGUAUACGAUGUUCAGGAAACAUUGACUCAGAGAUAUAUGAAGGAUAGCUCAGGUUUGAAUCAAUUGUUACAAGAUAUGGAUGCUAUACCCUUUGAUUUAUCUGUGAAGAAAGAAAAUACUUUUCAUGAGAAGGUUACAAAGGUUAUCCAAUCUUUAAGUCCAUCAAAAAAAUCACCAGAAGAGAGCACAUCUAGAUCAGAUAAAGAUGCUGAGGAUGAUUAUUCACAAGAUUUUGAAACAUGGAAUCCUUAUGGUAGAACAAACAAUAAAGACAAGGUUGAUAGAAUAUCAAUAACAUCUAGUGAGUUUGAGUUGUCAAAGAAGUAUAAUGUCAAUCUUUCGGUACAGAGAAGACCUAGCAAGCUUGGAUCGUUUGCAAGAAGUCUAUCACUAAGAGCAAAAGGCAAAUUGAGGAGUCAUUUGAAUUCAGAUGAAUCGCUCAAGGAGAAAGAGAAGGAAAAGUUUAAAGAAAAUAAUGAGGAGUUGUCAACAAAUCAGAAGGAGAGCUUAUCUUCACUAUUUGGCCAGAACCUUACCAAACCAUCACCCAACGGAGGCAAUAAUUAUCAGAGCGACUUCAGCUCUGCAUCAUCAACAACAGUGGCUGGAAACGAUGAUUUAUUUGGAAAACUUUAUGCUAAAACUUUAGAUGCUGUUGAUAAAGGGUCACCGAGUAUUGAAAAUUUUAGUGGUUCCACAAAGAUUAGCACCCCUUCACGUAACGAAUCUAGCAAAAUAGAAAAUAUCGAAGAUCCCAAAACACCCAUUGAGAAAUCAACCCCAAAACCAGGCUCAGAUGCUUAUCAUAAUGUGAUUGUGAACUUUGCAUCUAUUGAUGAUGACACAUAUGACAGUGAAGAAGUGUCCUCUUUUCUCCAGGAUUUUUAUGAACCAUCAAGACCCACUACAAAGCGAGAUUCAAGAAAAACUUCAUGUCAGUUGUCUAGAUCAAAUUCAAGAGCUUUUGGAAGUGUACGGAGAAAUCCUUUAGAAUUCAAGAAAGAGACACAGAGACCGUUGACAGCCGUUGAAUUGUUUCAAAAAGAGCUUGAUGAAAACAAGCAAGAAUUGGAAGAACUUUCUUUCCAGAUAAUCCGAGAUCGAAACCACCACAGGAAAGUGAUUAAUGGUCUACUGACUUGA